AUGGAGUCCCUCCCCGGAUUCUCUCCCGCUGGGAGGACGAGAUCGUCCGAUGGCGCCACAGCUGCCAACCCCGACUCUGGUUCCACUUUCGCAAACGCAGCUUCCCAGGCAGAACCGAUAGAUGAUUCCGAGACUGUCUUUCUCAACAAAGGCACCCCGACUCCAGACGCCGGGAUGGAUGUGACCGACAAAUGCCUCGGUCGACCAAAUCCCGUUGACCCCAACCAGGACGAACCCCGAAAGUGCUGGAUCUGCUAUACCGACGAGACGGAGGAAUCGGCGCUAAAUUCCGAAUGGAGAUCUCCCUGUCCUUGCGCAUUAACUGCGCAUGAGGCAUGUCUCCUCGACUGGCUCGCCGAUAUGGAGAACCCCCGAUCGCGCCGACGAAACGGUACUGGCGCAAAAAUGGUCUGCCCCCAGUGCAAAACAGAGAUCAUCGUCACACGACCGCGAAGCUACAUCGUUGAUACUCUGCGCUUGGUUGAAAGAGUGGCCGGGCGCUUAGUUCUCCCCGGCAUGGUGUUCACUGUGGCUGGCACUGUCUGGGCUGGGUGUUGCGCACAUGGGGCCUACUCGAUGUACCUUGUUUUCGGCUCUGAAGAAGCCAAGCAAAUCCUCGAGGACAGCAUUGAUGGCGCAUGGAAUCCUGGAAUGAACCUCGGUCUACCUCUCAUCCCGCUGGUAUUGAUAUUCUCGCGCACUCGUUAUGCCGAGGGUCUUCUCCCCGCCAUCCCAGUUCUUUUCUUCGCAGCACACAAUCCAGGCCAGGAGCCUGACUUCGAUCUUUGGCCUCCAACGCCUGCCAUGACAUUCGCCGCCCUGCCCUACGUGAAGAGCUUCUAUGGUGCUCUUUAUGACCGCCUGUUUGGUGGCCUGGAGAGGAAAUGGAUUGCGGAGGUGCAACCUCGAGCUGCGGAGGAGAUUAUGGACGAGGUACAACAACAGGACCAGGCGGAGGGACUGGGUCGGUUUGGGGACAAUGGGAACGGCCAGAUACUGAUGGAAAUCGAUCUUGAAUUGCAGGUAGGAAUGGGCAACGAUGAUGAGCUGCCUGAAGCUCCAGCUCUUCCUGCCGUAGAGAACCAUGGUGGCGCUGACGAAGCCGCCCAGGAUGGACAGGCACAAGGCCAGAAUGGCGGACAAAACGGACAGGGGCUCGAUAUUGGAAGACGACAAAAUGAUAUUAUCCACGACACGGGAAAUCUCGCCGACAUCGUCCUCGGCGCGCUUGUGUUCCCGGCCAUCUCGGCAUCGAUGGGAGGCCUUCUGAAAUACAUGCUCCCCAAAACAUGGACUACUCCUUCUUCGGCCUUGGAACGCAGCCGCCCCGGACUGCUCCAAACUCGUUGGGGACGCAGCGUUGUGGGAGGAUGCGUGUUCGUGAUGCUCAAAGAUGCACUUGUGCUGUACUGUCGAUGGAAAUUGGCCCAGACACAUCGACGUCGCAAGGUCUUGAAUUAUGACCGGACAAGGAAGCAUACCACCGGAAAGAGGUAG